GGGAGGAGGACUGUGAAUUUAGCUCACGCUAUGUAGAGUGGGUAUACUAUUGCAUUAACUUUCCACACCUUCCUAGUGACACAUUCACAGUGCAGGUACAGUGGCAAAGGUGCUAUCAGAAAUGGACUCUGACCUUAAGUGAAUGUCAGGUAAGUUACCACAUCAACUAAGCAAAGGCAAAAGAACACAAGGGCAAGGCUGAUAAAAGCCCAUAGAGAGAGAGAGACUUCUUGAAGCCCCCGCCCAGGAUCAGGAGGGAGAGCGAUAGCAGCAGGCGCCUCUGCUGGCUGACACACUACGCUGACUGCUGCCCAGGACACAGCACAGGCUGCGGCACAGGGGAUCUGCGUACCCCCGGGAGCUGCAGUGAGAGCAGGAAUACCCACCCCCCUGCGCUUUGUAACUUUUUUUGGGGGGGACCUUGGAUUACAAAACAGAAUUGACGUUUUGGGUGAAAAAUAACCUAAUCUGAAAUAAUCCUUUGGUUACGGUCAGGAAGACUCCGUUACAAGAUGCCAAUCCUCAAGCAGUCCAGCUCCCACUCAAAGAAGCGAACCCGCAUUGAUCGAGAGAUGAUCAGUGCCCCACUGGGGGAUUUUAGACACACCAUGCAUGUUGGAAGAGGAGGGGAUGUGUUUGGGGACACCUCCUUCCUUAGCAAUCAUGGUCCUGCCUCGCCUCCACCAGCAGAAGUACCAACUUCCAAGAAAAAUGGCCUCAUGAAACUGGCUGGUACAGGAGAUCAUGAGGAAGCUAAAAUGUCAGACUCUUUAAGUCAACGUUCACAGUCAUCAGGUAUAGGCUCUGGUGCAGGGAGUGUUUCUUCAAGCCCAGUCAAUAAUGUGUCAUCUAAAGAAGACAGUUUAUGGAACAACAGUUGUGCAGGAGGGAACACUGAUCAACUUGAUUGGCUAUCACCUGGAAGGGAUUGCGGGUUGAAACAUGCAGAAUCCAUGUUGUCCUUCCACCUUGACUUGGGCCCAUCCAUCUUGGAUGAAGUAUUAGGUGUGAUGGACAGAGAUCCUCCCAGCUCUGAAUGGAGCAGUCCAGAUGACCAGUGUGAUUUAGGCUUCAAGUUUUCCUCUGUAAGUACUACAGUUAAUGAAAAACACACACAGUCCUCCUCCACUAUAGAGCCACAUAGUCUACCCAGUACACUACCAAUUACAAACCCUGGCUUGGACUACAACUCAAGUACGACUUCAGAAAAUCCAGACAGAAAUGGAUCCAUUGAUGAAGAGGACAGUGAAGAAGAAAAACGUUCCAUCUAUGAAGGUAUUGCAGAUAGUCCAGAGCAACAUGACGGCAGUCUACACAUCAGGCACCAUGCAGAGCUUGAUGAUGACGACGAUGAUGAUGAUGAAGAGGAAGUUGGCCAGGGUUACACAUUUGAUGAAGACCUCGAUGACGAGAUUGGUGUAUAGGAAUAUACAUAUGUACUGUAAAAACUGAUAUCCCUCGCUUACAUAUUUCUAUGAUAAACAUUGUGAGGCAUAGGUCAGCAAGUGGUAUAAAUGUUAUACAUUGGACUGUCAAGACAAUAAGAUUAGACACUAUUUUAGUUAAUUCAACUAUUUUAAAAGAUUAUACUUUGUACAGAGGCGAUUUUAUACAUUUGUCUUGUUUCUAUUGUUCUAACUAAGGACUAAAGACUGGGAAACUUAGAUUUUCAUUAGAUGCAUUGCAAUUUUGUUUUAGUUGGAUAAUGCCGGAAAUUUGCCAAAUAGUGGUUUGUGUAUGUUCUUUGCCCUCAUAGACUGCUGGAAUUAAACCUUUAUCCAUUGUUUGGUAUAUAUGGGUACAAUGUUACAGAUGGUUAUGGGUAUACUGUACAUAGUUUUACUUCAAUUCAGGUGUUUCACGAUUUAAAUGUAAUAUUCGAGUGUAUACUGGAAAAGUUGUUGCCCUCCAUCUGUUGUAUGGAUGCAAUGCAGUGUUCUUGUGCACCGAAAGAGGGGAAACACAGGUUCCAUACCCAAGGUGAGAUGUCCAUGAAAAGAGCUGUCUUUAUAAGUCUUUGUUGCAAUACUUCUAAAGUGUAUUUAUUAACACUUUGAUUUCCAUAUGCCUGUUUAAUUACUGCAGAGUUCAGAAUACUAAUUGCUUAUAAUGGAGAGGAAAUAGAUACUAUGGGGGACAAUUUGAUUUGCAGCGAAAGCGGUGUAGCGAUGGAGAAACGGUUGGAGUGCCGGCACCUGGCAGCCACAAUUUUUGCACAUAUUCACUCGCUCCACAUAGGGUUGAGCAGAAAAAUGUGUGCAAUAUUGGGGUACUGGACUAUUCGGUGAUGUGCAUAGCGUGACUGCACAUCACUGAGAUUUGAAUUGCCUCCUUAGAAAGGAAAAUUAAUGCCUGCUAUUCCAAAAAGUAAUAUUGAUGUCUUUUUUUUAUUAUUAUUAAAGUGAAAACAAAUUUAUUUGUUUCUCUAUUCUACAAGUUGGCUAAAUAAAAUAAAAAAAUAUUUGAAGUUAGGGUUUUUGUCACUGGUAAUUGUAACUGUUUUCACCAAUUUUUAAGAUAUAGGGACAGAGGAUGUUUGCUGUUAUUGGAUGGGCAUAUUUUAUUCUAUUAUAAACACUUACGUUUUAACUACAGAUAUUGGCCACGACAAUGGAAAAGGGUUUCUGUCUUUCUAGGCUACAUCUCUGUCCGGAGUGUGUAUCAUAAUCUGCAUGUGGAAUCCAUACAUAUUUGAAUCUCUUGAAACAUACACUAGGAAAAUCCCAAUCCUUUUUUUUUCUGAUGUACAAAAUGCUGCACAGUUUUACCGAUGCCCGCUUGCCACUAGGGUGAACCACGAUGUUCUACAGACCGUUUUCCAAAGUUCCUUGACUUUUUUUCUAUUUUUUUUUCUUUGCACAGGAAUUGACCACAUAGUAUUUUUUUAUGCAGUACAGCUAUAUAUUCUGUGUAUCCAUGCAUAUGACAAACCUUUGAAUGAGAAAACAGACUAGAUAACUGGCAGCCCACAGAUGUUUAGAGGAAUUCAGCUGUAGAAAUGAGUUUUGGUGCCAUGGUCAAUAUUAUUUUGCACACUACUGGUGUUUCACAUAAGGUGCACGCUUUCUCACUCCAUUGUAUACCCCUUAUUUCAAAUAAAAAAUAAAAAAAAGAUCUCAACACGCCAGACAUCCUAUUUGGUUGUCCUUUUGCCUGUCUUAACACUAUUUCUAACUGAGCAGUUCAAUUUGUCUUUGUUAAUCUAUGCAUCUUUAUAAAUAUUUUAUUUUUAGCCUCUGUAUGGUAAAAAAAAACAAAGCUUCACAAAAAUGUAUUACAUAUAGUAUCUUUUAUUUUUUUUUCUAUAAAUAUGUCUUCUGCAUUAAAAUAGUUUGCAGCUGUU